CAAUGGCAGACCUCUUCGACAACCCCGACGACGAACUCAUACCAACGACACCACCUCGGAACACGGCCCCGCUCUUCUACCAAGGCAGCGAAGAUGGUUCUCCCAGGAAAUCUCCCCCAGUUCCUGACAUGUUCGAUGAUGCCGACGAGGUCAACAAGAUAUUCAACGACGCCGACAUAUUCAAGCUACCAGAGGAGAAGAGCUUUGAUGUCGAAGAGGAGAGGAGGAAGAUUGCAGAAAAGUACAAGAACAAACCCGUACCACGAACGCCGAUGACGCCGCACGAGGUUCUACCUAGCAGUUCACCGCCACGCAAUUUGGACAAGGAGAAGGAAAAGGACAAAGAUGACAAGAAAGAGCAGAAGAAGGAGAAGAAGAAGAUUGCAAAGUUGAAUGAAGCUUUGUUGGUGGGGCCGUCUGGGUUUCCACAGUUGAUCAAGGACACGAAGGAUUUCAGGAUUAAGGGAAAGGGACACGAGGAGGCAGAUCUGAAUCGGUUGCUACAGCGGUAUCAGUACUGGACACAGCGGAUGUUUCCCAAAACGCAGUUCACAGAUACGGUAGCAAAGAUAGAGAAGCUCUGUCAUUCCAAAGUUAUGCAUUCACAUAUGACCAGUUGGCGUGACGAGGUCAUGGGUGUGAAGAAACCCACGGCUGAUAACGAGGACGAGGAGGCCAACGGCAAUGAAUCAGAAGUUGCAAAUUACGCUUCAUCGUCACCUGCUCCUCCUACCCGGCCACCGUCUUCACCUGGAGUAUCGUCGGGGCCCGACGAGGAGGACGCGCUCAUACGUGAGGCAGAGAUGGAUGCGGAUGAACGUAGAGAAAAUGCCGUCAAGGCACCUGCAGUGGAUGAUGACGAAGAGUUUUGGCGCGAUGACAGUGGGCCAAGCUCAGCACCUGAUUUUGAUGAGGAAUGGGAAGCUAUGGAUGACAUGGAAGCUGAGAGUUCCGCGAUGUCGUCGUCUCACGCUCUGGAGAGACAUGUCAAUGAAGAUGUUGAAAUGGAGGAUGUGGCGAAGCAGAAGGAAGCCGUAUUGAUACAGGCAGAGCCUUUGUCUACGCCAGACCCUUUGAAUGAUUUGUACUAGUACUUGAGCGGUCGAGUACCUGUACUCGUGCUAUACCAUUGAUAUUCGCGUGAUGCUCAGCAUUUAAACAUUAAAGAAUUCCG